AAUCCCCCAGUGUGUCAUGAAGACACUCCUGCUAGAUGCUCCUCGGGGCCUUAGCCGCACACAUAUUCUCCUCCUUUACGCCUCCAGCCUCCACUAACGACCCAUUUAACCAGAACUGGGUCUUUAACCUCCUUAAAUGGUCACGUGGGCAGUGCUGGAGUGGAACAAAGGGUUCUGCGGCGUCGACUAGCCGGCCGUAGCUUUGCGUUUCUGUCUUCCCCCCCCCCCCUCCACCUUCAGGGUCAGUGGUUGCUUCCACAAUGCAUGGGCGCCGUCCGCUGAGCGAGCACCUCGCAUCCCCUGCGUUCAGAGCAAAUGCGCAUCCAUUUCCUGCACUCUUAUAUUUAUGACGCUUUUACCUUGAUUGCACAGGAAAGCCAAACACAGAUGGACUCCCGGCCCACCUCGCAAAUAUUGGCUGUGCUUGUUUGCUCAGCGAUACGCUGGUGCUGCCUGUUACCCCGCUUGCCUCCGGGCGUGGGGCUGCCUUACAGCCGAGCUCUGCCGCUCUGCCAGGCCUCCGUCCUGCACUCCUUCUUGAGCCGCUGCCCUAUAAAGAGGGGAUUACGUUAGCUCUCUGCAGUCGUGUUUCCCUUUAAUAAUUCAUGCAGUGAGAGCAGCACACACAUGCAGCCCUGGCGCUCCCACGGUUAAAUUAUUAGAGGGAGCCGGAGCAUUAAACAUAUGCUGAUAGAGGCAGAGCGGCGCUCUCCCUAAAUCAGGCGCCUGUGCCUUUAAACGGAGCCCUGCUCCCCCUCCCUCCCAAGCCGUCUGUGGAGCGCCUUCCCAUUUGUCACACGUGAGACAGCUCACGCGGGCGGCGGUACAGCAUGUGUCUCGUGCAGGGAUUGGCCCAGAUCCCUGUCAAUCGACAGGCCCCACCAUCCUGCCGGCAGGCUGGCUCUGCCGUGCAGAGGGGAGGAUGGAGCUGCCUUUUCCGGACGGCUAGCCCCAGACGGCCGUGUUCCCGGAGCCUGCCCUUGAAGGCCGGGACAGCCCCGCGCUCCGCUCUCCGUGCCCAUCUCCCGGGCCAUUUUCUCCGGCACUCCCUGCAGUUUCUCGCCUGUGGGCGCGGCGGCGUUUCCUGCCCGGCCGGGGCGCCGCCAUGGGGGGCUCGCCAUGCUGAGCGGGGGGAGGGAGGGUCUCUUCGAGCUGGGCGGCCGGCUCCAGCAGCAGGGCGAGUCGCAGGCGGCGCUGCACUGCUUCCUCAGCUGCCUGCUGGGGCUGCCCCACGUCCACAGCUUCCCCUCGCUGCCCAACUGUCUGCACCAGAUGUGAAGGCGCUGCAAUUCAUCCAGGCGGAGAAGAUGUUCUACGAGGUGGCGCUGAUUGAGCUCACCGCCCUCCAGGGGGCAGCAGGUGCGCAGGACUCGCCGGCUUCGCUGGGUUCCGCUGCAUGGGACCGACCCGAGGAGGAACUGUCGGAGCUGGCCUCCCAGGCACAGGACUAUGAGAGACUGGCCCAGCUGUGCAUCAUGAGCAAAAGGCCUCACCUCGCUCUGGAGUACAGUGGGAAGGCCACUAAAAUCCGUCAGAAAGCGUUUGGCAAUGACCACCCCAUCACCGCCAGGAGCCUGGAACUGCUUGCCUCCGUCUAUGCUGAGAUUGGGAAGACCGAGUAUUCAGAUUCACUCGGCCAGUGCGUGACGGCACUGUCGAAGUCGAUGACCCCCACCGAGGCCUUUAGCCACGCCUCCCGCAGCACGGCCUCCAGUCACAGAGAGCGGCGCUCCGACGUGCGACAUCAUCACAGGAAGGAGCCACACCCCCUACCGGAAGUGCCCAUGACAAAGAUCACCACUUGCAAAUUUCCACCCUCCAUCCUGAAACGGUCCAACCUGUGUGGCAGCGACUCCGAGGCCACCCACAGACGGCGGUCAGAGAGGCGGGUUCGCUUCAGGGAGCCCGAGAACAUCGUACAUGGGUAUGACGCUUCUCCUGGCCGCCCGCACCUGGCGCCGCUGGCCUGCCUCUUCCUGCUGCUCUCCGUACUGGGCGUGAUGCUGUAUUGCAUGGGCAGGCGGCGGCCGCUGCGAACCUGCGAGGAGCUGGAGGCCAUCCUGGCCGUCUGCGUCCUGCAGGUGAAGCAGCUGGUUUGGGGCUGCUGGGUCUGGCUCACCAUGCAAUGACCCUGAUCCACCAGGAGGGGGCACCCCAGAGCUCAGCCCACUCCCUGCCCGCCGCUCAACCAAAGUCUGCAGAGGGCAUGAGCCUCACAUGCAGGCCGUUCACAUACAGUAUGAGCGGGAGGUGCUGUGACGGGCGUCAUAAGGGCCUGAAGCUGUGUUCCCUUGCAACUACAUGUAGAGAAACAGAAGCGUAUUCUCAGAAUUAUGUAGCUGUUAUGGAUGUGUAAAUAUUUUAGCUGUGGAUAUGUCAUGUUUAAGUUUUUAGAGAGCUAGAAACUGUGGCAUUUAAAGGCUUACGCAUGUUACUAAAGAUUCAUUCGCUUGCAUUGCA